CAAAACUUCUUAUUCCCUUCACUGGUGGGGGAUCCGAAGUUCUUCUUCCUCCGAUCAGGGAAGCCAUCUUCACCGGUGGUGCCGUUCUCCAUCAUCUUCUGACAAUUCCUCAAGAGGUCGAAGAUGGACAUAAUAUCGCAGUUGCAAGAACAUGUUAAUUCCACGGCAUCUAUUGCUUUUAAUACCUUCGGAACUCUUCAGAGGGAUGCUUCUCCGGCCAGAUUGUCGGCUAAUUAUCCGGAACCCCCUCCGGCUGCUAAGCCUGCCGAUGAUGCUGCUACUGCAGCUGCUACGACUGCUAAUGCCGUGGAGCAAUCCAAGCUCAUGGCUACUGAACUUGUCAAAGCUGCUAAACAGUUUGAUGCAUUGGUUGCUGCACUCCCAUUAUCUGAAGGAGGGGAAGAAGCUCAAUUAAAAAGAAUUGCAGAACUUCAGGCCGAGAAUGAUGCAGUAGGCCAAGAACUUCAAAAGCAACUGGAAGCUGCAGAGAAGGAGCUGAAGCAGGUUCAAGAGCUGUUCAACCAAGCUUCCGAUAAUUGUUUCAACUUGAAAAAACCAGAUUGAAGUGUGAGUGUGCUUUAGGGGUCAAGUGUCGAUUCGGAAUGUCUAAAAUGGUAAAUUGUUUGUGGCCAACCUUUGUCGCGUAAUUUUAUUUUCUGUUCCCUUUUAUGGAUGAUGACUCCAAGUCAACUUCACAUUUCAAGAAAAUGCAAGUUCAAGAAGAGAAGUACUUUAAUGCCUCUACUCUAUGACUCUAUGAGGCGUAAAACAAUGAAGGAUAAGUUAACUU